UAUGACCAAGAUUGGAUGCAUGCACACGACCACACCUCCCGUCGUCGUCCAACCUUGCAGCAUCCAGGUGGGGUUGCGGCUGGGGCUGAGAGCCAUUCCGUGCGAAGCUGGCAAGACAGAGAAAAGAGAUUUCGAACUGUGGAUGUAGCAUAUGAUGUGACUGGCUGAAACCACAAGAAGACAUGAGUUUGGGAGCAGCCUGCAUCUUCCUCCGGGGUGGCAAAAACAUAUCAAGGGAGUUGGCAGAGGAUGAGAUAGAUGAGUUGCGUGAUGCCUUCAAUGAGUUCGACAAGGAUAAGGACGGCCUGAUCAGCUGUAAAGACCUGGGAAACCUGAUGAGGACCAUGGGUUACAUGCCCACUGAGAUGGAGCUCAUCGAGCUGAGCCAAAACAUCAACAUGAACCUUGGCGGUCAGGUUGACUUUGAGGACUUUGUUGACCUGAUGGCACCCAAACUUCUGGCAGAAACAGCUGGCAUGAUUGGUGUGAAGGAGCUCAAAAACGCCUUUAAAGAGUUCGACACAGACGGCGACGGCGAGAUUACAACACAGGAGCUGCGUUCAGCCAUGCUGAAGUUGAUGGGGGAGCACAUGAGCCGCAGGGAGAUCGACGCCAUAGUUCAAGAGGCAGACGACAAUGGGGAUGGAACGGUAGACUUUGAAGAGUUUGUCAGAAUGAUGUCCCAUCCGUGACUGAGGCUGGCCGUACCUUUGCACCUCUCUCUGUCAAUCAAAACAAUGUAAAGACUCACAUUGAAUAUAUAGAUUAUUUUCUUGUGUAUCACUUAAACUAUGCAACAGUAUACAACAUUGUAAAUUAAUUAGAUUCAUUAGUUGAUAAGAGUCAUUAUGCUGGAUAUAUGCAAUGACCAAAAAUAUUAAAUUCCACUUUCCGUGCUUUAUAACAUGAAUGUAAUAUCAAAACGAAAACUGUUUUCCAAAACUGUUUUGGAGUACACCAACAUAACACACGCACCUGCACCAGUUAUGUUUGUUGUCAGCCACUGAUAGCAAUUUGGCAAAGUUUAGCUGCUAAUGUUUGCUAACAUUGAAUGUACAGCCUAUCAUCAUGACUGCAAAAUAUACAAAAUAUAAAUAUA